UGCAAGCGGUAGCGUUCACAUCGCGGCUUGAAAAUCGGGAAAGUUCUUGUUCUACCUUUCCUAUUUCUCUGUCUGUUUUAUUUCAUUGGUGAUUUUUGUGCUGUUGAAAAAGUGUUAUCAGACGAAAUAGUUUUAAAGGUUCAGAAGUUUCUCUAUAAUUAUAUAAUCACUUUGUGAAACAAAAAAACCGCGUUAGUCUUGUGUGGAAAUAUAAAAGAAUAAUAUGAAUUUAAGAGAAUUUAUAAAAUAACAAGUGUGCUAACGGUGUAUCUUUAAAAAAGUUUCAAACGAAGGUUAAAACUGUGAAAAACGAGAACGACGAGAUAUUGUGGUAAAAUAGGAAAUAAUAUAUUCAGUAACUUCAAUAUAGGCAGAUUCAAGGUGAUGUUUCCCAUUUACGUAAAGUACAAUUAAUGUGUUAACUUUUCCGUUUGGGUGUCUGGUGGAGAUAUUGCCGAAAGAACAGUUCAAGUUUGGAGGAAACGUUGCUGAACGGUUCGAAAAAGUGCGACAAAGAAAAUAGCAAGAAAAAAAACGGCUCUCGUUACUCGUAUUAAAGGGAGACUGCAUCAUUUGGCGACCGAAAGCGUUCGCUGAACUGUUGAAAGCUGGGACGAAGAAAUUACACAGUUUCAACGGCAAAGGAUCUUUUCAACAGUUGUCACCGAAAAUUGCCGUACCCAAACCAAUCGGCAGCUCCCGGUCGAGGAGCUACUCGACAAUAAAUGUCAACCGGUUUUACAGUGUUUCCUCGAUAAUCCGAUUUAUCACCGCUAUCGCUUGCGAAGACCUCUGCGCUGUGGAUUAAUUAAAAGAAACGAACGAAGAGGCUAACAGUAGUGAGUAAUUGUGAGCAAAGAAGAAAAAAUGAUGUCCCAGCAUUUAAAUUCGAUGCUAGAGCAUCUCAAAAUGGGCUCACUAAUGAACAAGGGCCGGAACAGCAAUAACACCGGCGCUGGCGUCGGUAAUGGCAGUGUGGCAAAUCACAUCGGUAAUGGGUUUAACAACAAUAGUAUCGGAUCGAUGGGUGCCACCAAUAACAACAACAACAAUAGCGUGAAAUCUCCCGAUAACAACGCCACGAUGCUUGCCGACAGCCGCUCGGGAACGGUGCGGACAGGCGUGAUUGGUUCGAAACCCACCGGCGAUCAGGUGGUCAACAGUCAGCAGAGUAAAUCAGGCACUCUUCAAGAGGGAAACCUCCAGUCGGGUGCAAAGUUCGAUCCGGGGCGCAAGCGGUACAGUAUCGCCGUGCACGGUCAGCAUAAUCAGCAUCACCAUCCGGCGUCUUCGGCGGGGAUGGGCGGUGUCGGCUGUGCGGCAACAGUGAAUAACAGCAACGGCGAUACCGGCAGAGGAUAUCGCGAACUAUCGCCCCAAUCGUUGCGAAUACACCGGAAAUCCUCGCAUGACAUUCGUAUCCUGGGAGCGGACGGGGAAAUGCUACACAGUCACGAUGGGAAACUGCCAGCCAUGGUGAAGCCGAUGAAGCUGAAAUGCAUCAGCACCAAAGCUGAAUCGUACGACACGCUGCACGGAAGAGCGGCUGAUGUGCUGCACUGCAAUCGUGAAGUGUGCAUGGGUAGCAUUAUGCAUCCCAAUAUAACGGGAACCGAGCCAAGAAAAGCAGACAUCGUUUUGCAGCAUGCCAAAGAUUUCCUAGACCAGUACUAUUCUUCUAUUAGAAGACUGAAAUCUCCCGCCCACGACGCUCGAUGGCAGCAGGUACAGAAGGAGGUGGAAUCAAAAGGAUCCUACAGCCUCACCGAGACGGAGCUGAUCUACGGUGCAAAACUGGCCUGGCGCAACUCGUCUCGCUGCAUCGGCCGGAUACAGUGGUCUAAGCUGCAGGUUUUUGACUGCCGCUACGUUACCACCACCAGUGGAAUGUUCGAAGCAAUUUGCAAUCACAUCAAGUACGCAACCAACAAGGGAAAUCUGAGAUCGGCAAUAACGAUUUUCCCACAACGCACCGACGGGAAGCACGAUUACCGCAUCUGGAACGCACAGCUCAUCUCGUACGCUGGAUACAAGGGCCAAGAUGGUAAAAUUGUUGGCGACCCAGUCAAUGUCGAGUUCACCGAUUUUUGCAUAAAACUCGGCUGGAAAAGCAAGCGUACGGAAUGGGACAUUUUACCGCUGGUUGUGUCCGCCAACGGUCACGAUCCGGACUACUUCGACUACCCACCGGAGUUGAUCCUGGAAGUGCCCUUCAGUCACCCGCAGCUCAAGUGGUUCGCUGAACUGGAACUGCGCUGGUACGCGGUGCCGGCCGUUUCGGGAAUGCUGUUCGACUGCGGUGGAAUCCAAUUUACUGCAACUGCCUUCAGCGGCUGGUACAUGUCCACCGAAAUUGGCUGCCGAGACCUGUGCGAUGUCAACCGACGAAAUCUGCUGGAGCCCAUCGCGGUGAAAAUGGGCCUAGAUACCCGGAAUCCCACCUCCCUCUGGAAGGACAAGGCACUGGUGGAAAUCAAUAUCGCCGUUCUGCACUCGUUCCAGAGCCUUAACAUUACCAUCGUGGACCAUCACACGGCCAGCGAGAGCUUUAUGAAGCACUACGAGAACGAAACUAGGCUGAGGAAUGGCUGCCCGGCGGAUUGGGUCUGGAUCGUACCGCCGAUGUCCCCGUCCGUGACACCGGUGUACCAUCAGGAGAUGGCUCUCUACUAUUUGCGGCCAUCGUUCGAGUAUCAGGAAUCUGCCAUCAAAACACACAUUUGGAAAAAAGGGCGCGAUUCUUCCAAAAAUAAGAAGCCACGGAGGAAGUUUAAUUUCAAACAAAUUGCCAGAGCUGUCAAAUUUACAUCUAAAUUAUUCGGACGCGCGCUAUCACGGCGCAUCAAAGCGACGGUCCUGUAUGCAACGGAAACUGGACGCUCGGAGCAGUAUGCAAAGCAGCUGGUGGAACUGCUCGGACAUGCAUUCAAUGCACAGAUCUACUGCAUGUCGGAUUACGACAUCUCAUCGAUAGAGCACGAGGCCCUGCUGCUGGUCGUCGCAUCCACUUUCGGCAACGGAGAUCCACCGGAAAAUGGCGAGGGAUUUAGAGAGCACUUGAUUUCGUACGCAAAGAAAUUGGUCGACCGACCAAAGCCGCUCUUCGCUCAGGACUUGUACGCUAUGAAGCUGCACGAGAGCGGAAACCAUCACGUGCAUAACGAACUGAGCAUCGCGGCAUCAUCAAAAUCCUUCAUCAAAGCGAAUUCGAGAAGCGAUAUGAAUAAACACGCCCUUAGCCACCGAAAGAUUGACCGGUUGGACUCGCUGCGUGGUUCCACGACCGACACCAUGUCGGAGGAAACCUUCGGGCCGUUGUCCAAUGUGCGAUUUGCGGUGUUUGCUCUGGGUUCGUCCGCCUAUCCGAACUUUUGCGCUUACGGGAAGUACAUUGAUAACAUCCUGGGGGAGCUGGGCGGUGAACGGUUGAUGAAGAUGGCUACCGGAGAUGAGAUAUGCGGUCAGGAGCAAGCGUUCCGUAAAUGGGCACCGGAGGUAUUUAAGAUUGCCUGUGAAACGUUCUGCCUGGACCCGGAGGAAACGCUCGCUGAUGCCAAUUUUGCCCUGCAAGGUGAACUGUCGGAAAACACGGUCCGCUUCGCACCGGUGUCUGAAUACGAACCGCUCGAUCGUGCACUGUCAAAAUUCCACAACAAAAAGGCCACCGAGUGCUCGCUGAAACGGAAGGCGAUUAGUUUGCACGAGGGACCCCACGGAAGCGAGCGGUCGACUAUUCUAGUGGAAAUUAUAGCCGAGGGGAUGGCAUACGAACCGGGCGACCAUGUGGGCAUUUUCCCCGCUAACCGAGAGGAAAUCGUAGACGGCAUCAUCGGACGGCUUUCCGGUGUCAGCGAUCCAGACGAGAUGCUGCAGCUGCAAGUUCUCAAGGAAAAGCAGACUCAAAAUGGUGUUUACAAGUCCUGGGAACCGCAUGAACGACUACCGGUUUGCACUCUACGGACGCUGCUGACCCGUUUCUUGGACAUUACGACACCUCCAUCACGGCAACUUUUGACCUUCCUGGCCUCGUGCUGCGAGGAUGAAGAGGACGAGAAACGGUUACUAAUUUUGGCCAAUGAAUCAUCCGCCUACGAAGACUGGCGCUACUGGAAGUUGCCUCACCUGUUGGAAGUUCUGGAAGAAUUCCCAUCCUGUAAGCCUCCGGCAACGGUUUUGGUGGCUCAGUUGAAUGCUUUACAACCUCGCUUCUAUUCGAUAUCAUCUUCGCCGAGAAUGUACUCUAAAGAAAUUCAUCUCACGGUCGCUAUCGUUACCUACAAGGCUAAGGAUGGACAAGGAGCUGAACAUUUUGGGGUUUGUUCGAAUUAUCUGGCAAAUUUAGACGGCGAAGACAAGCUGUAUCUGUUCGUGAGGAGCGCAUCCGGUUUUCACAUGUCCAAGGAUCCGGACAGGCCAGUGAUUCUGAUUGGACCUGGUACGGGUAUUGCGCCGUUCCGAUCGUUCUGGCAGGAGUGGAGUACAAUUAAAUCGGAAUUGCCUGAUACUAAAAUCCCAAAGGUAUGGCUCUUCUUUGGCUGUCGCACCAAAAAAGUCGAUUUGUACCGUGACGAGAAGGAAGAUAUGUUACAGAAGGGAAUUUUGGAUCGUGUUUUUCUAGCGUUGUCUAGAGAGGAGAAUGUACCUAAAACUUACGUCCAGGACCUGGCCCUCAAAGAGGCGGACUCAAUUUUCGAUCUGAUCUGGAACGAGCAAGCACACAUCUACGUGUGCGGCGAUGUCACGAUGGCAGAGCACGUGUACCAGACGCUGAGGAAGAUUCUAGCCACAAAGCUAACAAAAACCGAGUCGGAGAUGGAGAAAUACAUGCUGUCACUGCGGGAUGAAAACCGUUACCAUGAGGACAUCUUUGGUAUCACACUGCGUACGGCAGAGGUACACAACAAAUCACGUGCGACCGCUCGGAUCCGGAUGGCUUCGCAGCCCUCGUAAAUAUAUUUCUCUCCCAAAGUUGCUGCUCACUGGAAUGCAUCCGGAUCUACCAUAACACUAGAGCACCGUUUAUAAAAAAAACUUGAUAAGCAAGGCAUAGCGUUUUGCAGUAUGACAGUUACAUACAAGCACAUACACAUACACAUACACAUACACAGAGGUUCACAAGAAACCAGACGCACAGCAGGCAUAACUCAAACAAGACAGAUAAAAGAAGAGACAGUUUUUAUAAAUAUUUAUCUCUAUUCCUAUCGUUACGAGCACCAAAGUAAAGUCAAAACAUAGAACACGAUCAGCUAAUCAGAAUCGAUAAAACUGUUUUAUUUUGCAAAUGAGAGUUUAUAAAACACCAACCGGGGUCGCGCAUAGGAUUGAUUCGGAGCGAGCGAGUCUUUUGCAACGAACUGUUGCAAAACUGUACUGUUGAUUUUGACAUCAUAUAAAUUCAUGAUCAGCUAAUCUCCAAAGUUUAGAAUAGAUUUUAUCAACAUAGAAACCAGUCGAAUGCUGGUAACAUAUCCACCAGAUCAUUACUCUAUACAUGUUAAAUUUCUGACCAACAUAGUCGAUUCAGGAGCGUUGUUCGAAUUGUUCUGAUUAGUUAGGCCAUACGUCUCGAUCUAGAGUUUUUAUAUUGAAUUUUAACUAUAAUAUUUUACAUUAUCUAUUGUACAAAGUUAGUAGAAUUAUCUAUUAAUCUCUUUUUUAUUCUAUCACUUUCAAUCUGCUUUAACUGUUUUUUGAAAAAAAAAGAUACGUUCGAAGCAAUACUCUUUGUUUGUUUGUCUAGCAUAAAACCAUUACAGAGAUCAACGUUAUAUGAAAUUAAACAAAAUUGCACAAAUAAAUUGAACUAAUGAAGGCAACUAAUAGAUUCAACACUGAACAUCAUAAAACUAAUCGCUCAGAGUGGCUGAAGCACGUUGAAAUAACUUUGAUUCUCGUGAAUGUUGAAAAUAAAUGAAACUGUUUCAGUGCCUCUAAGGUGGCACUUUUUCGAUAUAUCAUGCCAAAAAAAAACAUGCGGAAUGAAGGUAGAUUUUCCCAGAAUCAAAAACAACAAACAAAACAAGCAAAACAAACAUAAUCGAAAAGACUUCAAAUCUAGAUGUGAGCAACUAUUUUCGACUAUUUAUACUCGUAGUUGAAAUCCAGAGCAGAAAAUGUCCUAUUUUAAAUAGUUGUAACUUGGAGCCUCUUCUUCUGGUAUGAUGUAUCUUUUACACUGUAGUCAACAAUUGUAAAUAGUUUCACACAGCAAAAAAAAAAAAGACACAAAUUAAUUAUAACAAUUAACAAAAAUUCCACUGGUUAAAUUUUCAAUCGUUCAUUGCCGUGUAUCGCCAACAGCAAGUACAGAAAUAAACUUUUAAUCCAUUAUCAAA